AUGCAGAACAACAGCAAGGCAAGGCUGAGAUUUACAGCUGUGGUUAAUUUCAACAGCAAGCUGCCGCAACACGUUCAAGAUAUCAAUAUUCUGAUGGUGACGAGCCAGUGGGAGGGAAGUGGGGAUGCAAGAGGGAGGUGGAGGAAGACUAAGCUAGCAGACGAGGGCUCCGCUCACAGCUCUGCAGAGGCUAUGCUGAGACUGAGCCGGCUUCGGAAGCAGGAUCUCUGGCUGCCAUCAACAAGUUUCCAUUCAAGGUGGCCAUUGGUGGGACCUGCACCAGCGGCUCUGUGUCUGUGUGUGAUCAGCAUGCUCCUAGUGUGCCUGCUGCCUCCUGCAUCGUGCACAACCUGCCCUCAAAAAUGUCGCUGUGAGGACCUGCAGUUCUACUGCGACACCCAGGGGCUUCAGGCACCCCCAGAUGGUGUGGAGAAGGGGGCCCUGGGGUUGUCACUACGCCACAAUAGCAUCACUGAGCUCAGCCCUGAUCAAUUUUAUGGCUUCAGCCAGCUCACCUGGCUACAUCUAGACCACAACCAGAUUACAACCGUACAAGAGGACGCCUUUCAAGGGCUCUACAAGCUGAAGGACCUCAAUCUGAGCUCCAAUCGUAUCACCAAGUUGCCCAACACAACCUUCAUCCACCUCAUCAAUCUCCAGAUACUGGACCUGUCCUUCAAUCAGAUGACUGCAUUGGAACCAGAACUGUUUCAUGGACUGCGGAAGCUCCAGAUACUCCACCUCCGCUCCAAUUUACUUCGUACCACACCUGUUCGGGCAUUCUGGGACUGCCGCAGCCUGGAAUACCUGGGCCUAAGCAGCAAUCGUUUACGGAGUCUGGCCCGGAAUGGAUUUGCUGGGCUCAUUAAGCUUAAAGAGCUCCACUUGGAGCACAAUCAGCUGACCAAGAUCAACUUGGCCCAUUUCCCUCGCCUUGUUGCCCUCCAGUUUCUUUAUUUGCAGUGGAAUAAAAUCAGCAACCUAACAUGUGGCAUGGAGUGGACCUGGACCACUUUAGAGAAGCUGGACCUCACAGGAAAUGAAAUUUGUGUCCUGACAUCUGAUGUGUUUCAAACGCUGCCAAAUUUAAAGAUUUUGCUGCUGGAUAACAACAAACUAACCAGUCUGGAUCCCCAAGUCAUGGAUAUGUGGCAGUCUCUGGGUACCAUUGGGCUGUCUAGCAACUUUUGGGAAUGUACCAAAAGGAUUUGCUCUCUGGCCACUUGGCUGAGCACCUUUAAGGGAAGGUGGGAACAUUCCAUUCUCUGCCAUAGUCCUGAAUAUGCCCAAGGCGAGGAAAUACUUGAUGCCGUUUAUGGAUUCCAGCUUUGCCAGAAUUUUUCAGCGCCGGUUGUUCAGACCAUUAGUACUACCACAGACGCUACUAUAGCUGCAGAGAUCACAAGCUCCUUGUUUGGAAUUAUGCAGCCGACCCCCACGCAGGACUACGCAGAGGAUUUUGUGAGCUUUACCACAGUCACUACCACAACAACUACAACAACACCACCACGCACUGCUCAAGCAACUACUGCUACAUUGGAAGAGGCAGCUGUAACAGAGGACUCCUCUGCAAUGGACAACACUGUUAUGACUCAUAGGGUUAUCAUUGGAACUAUGGCCCUUCUAUUUUCAUUCUUUUUCAUCAUUUUCGUUGUGUAUAUCUCACGGAAGUGCUGCCCUCCCACCCUGCGCCGGAUACGCCAUUGUUCGGCUAUUCAGAACCGCAGACAGAUGAGGACCCAGCAGCGGCAGCCUAUGGCAGAUCUAGCUACACAGGUACCCUAUAAUGAGUAUGAGCCCAGCCAUGAAGAAGGGGCACUCGUGAUCAUAAACGGCUACGGGCAGUGCAAGUGUCAGCAACUGCCUUACAAAGAGUGUGAAGUAUGA